UUACUUGUUGUUAAACAAAAGGCGGUGCAGGUUUUUUUUCGUUUGUAUUGUUAGUAUAUGUAAUCUGCAGUCUUUUUGUUGAGGUGGAUCUUCGCUGAGAUUGCAAAUUGAAGAAUUCAGAAAACGUGUCAAAACUACUCCCAUCAACAGUUGGAAACUAGCUAAAAUUGAAACAAACUCAUCACCAAGUACUCUAACCACAGAAUAUUUGGAGGAAAUGGGUAUUGGUAUGCUUGACUCGGAAGAGAGCUCAUCAUCUGCGGCUUCAUCAAUUGCUCUUGUUCUGAGUGCAAGUGCAGAUGAAAAUUCGAAUGGGGUUACUCCAAAUUUGGAUGCACCAAAGAUGUGUCACAAUCGUAUUGCUUCCUACCGACAUUUGGACAGUACGCUAGACAGUACGCUUAGCAGUGAAAAUAAUACAAUAAUAGGUAGCCCCAACAUCAGCCAUAUUGGACCCGAGUGUAGUAAUGCAAAUCAUCAACAUUGCAAUAAUAAUAACAAGAAUACAUUAGACUCCUUUGGUGACGAAAGCAAACAAACGUUGCUGCUGCAACAAUGUCAAUCUAAAAAUGUAGAUAAAGUAUUACCUCAAUAUAGGAAAGUCGCUAUACUUGGUGUGGGUGCAGGCAGUAGUUCGUCGUCCGCGUCUGCAUUACAACCAAAUGUUACAAAUUCGAAUUCCAACUCGCCUUCAGCAGGCAGAAGCACACGUAGUCCGUUGGCUACAGUUUCUGGCAACAACCAUAAUCGAACAGUAAGAAAUGCUUCACAGCAUGAGAGCAUAGGAGGUAGUUCUCACAUUCGUCUCCAGGAAUAUGUUCAGGAAUCCGAGUCAUGUGGCCCAAUGUCUCGUAUUCAGACAAGACCCUAUUGUAUUCUGUUUGUAAAGGUGGAUCCUUUGCUAAACGCGUUUCACUUCGAAAAAAUUGUGAGCAAGCGAUCUUAAGUGACGGACCUAAUCGUACGUUAUUUGGAAAAUCCUGUUUGAACGGCAGUGACACAAUAUAUUUGCCUGCUUUAUUCCGUUUAGUAGUGCUUUUAUAAAGUUCCUCGCAAUAGGUUUCAUCUUUGUUGUAGGUCUUAUUUCUUGGGAUAUCUUCCAAUUCCCAAAAGGACGCUAAGCGUUUGUCUAAAUUUAUUUCGCUAAAAAAUGAUACGCACUUAUUCGCUGGGGUACUUGUGUCAGUUUGACCGGUGAGAAUCCAGCCGAAGACGGUUUCCUGAGCAAGAAGAGUUCCCAGUACGUCUUUCCUUAUACCGCCUAGCAUUAUUUGUGCGUAAAUGUCUCCACCGAGGACAAGAUCAACUUGCUCACUUACAAAAAAUCUCUUGUCUGCUAAAACUAACUCUGGAAACGCUUGCUUAGUCCU